UCAAAGUUGAUACUCUCCAUGUGCCUGGAUGGCGGCGUUAAGUGUCAAGUUAGGGAAAUGAAUAAUAGAUUUAUUUAAAUUGUUUAAGAUGAAAAAACGUUGAAUCCGGGGAAAGGACGAUUUGUUGUGUAGCAUAUUCAAAACUAUUUUCUUCGUUCUCAACUAAUUUGUUUUUAUUCCGAAAAAUUGUGCUAUUCCGCGUUAGCUAUAUCACCUUGCAUCGUUUUGGUUGCACUGUCUCUCCCCAAUGGCUUAGGGGACAUGUUUAAAACCAGGCUGCCGCUGAGUGCCUUGGUUACCUGGAGACGCGUAGCAGCAACAAACGGUGGUCUUUUUAAAUUCCUUUCCAACAUGAGUGAAGCAUCACAAAACGAACCGGCUGCCAAUCUCUUGAAACGAUCCAAAGAGGACAAUGAGGUUGUUCAAUCCACAAAAAGAGCAAAAUCCGAGGGAGAUAACACCGAUGAGGAAAGGCGAUACCCCAAAAAGAAAGUCAUCCUCCUUAUGGCAUACUGUGGCAAGGGGUACUAUGGAAUGCAGCGAAAUCCUGGGAACGCUCAGUUCCGGACAAUAGAGGAUGAUCUUGUCGCAGCUCUUAUCAAAUCAGGCUGCAUCCCUGAAAACCAUGGCGAUGAAAUGAAGAAGAUGUCUUUCCAAAGAUGUGCCAGGACUGAUAAGGGUGUGUCUGCGGCAGGCCAAGUGGUGUCUCUGAAGCUGUGGAUGAUUGAAGAUAUAGUUGAGAAAAUUAACGAGCACCUACCACCUCAAAUCAGAAUCCUUGGUGUGAAACGAGUGACCCAAGGCUUCAAUUCCAAAAACAACUGCGACGCUCGCACAUAUUCUUACCUGCUUCCAACAGUGGCCUUUUCUCAUAAAGACUACGACACAAGUGACACGGCAUCCUUCCGCCUCGAUCCGGAGACACUUCAGAAGGUCAACCAUCUGUUUGCGCGAUACAAAGGAACCCACAACUUCCACAACUUCACAUCCCAGAAGGCUCCGAAGGACCCCAGCGCCCGUCGCUACAUCACUGAGAUGUCCUGCGGCGAGCCUUUUAUCCUCAAUAAAAACGAAUUUGCUGUCAUCACGGUGCGAGGCCAGAGCUUUAUGAUGCACCAAAUCCGGAAGAUGAUUGGCCUUGUCAUCGCAGUCAUUAAGGGAUACGCGCAGGAGAAAGUCAUGGACCGCAGUUGGGAACAAGACAAAGUGGACGUGCCCAAAGCCCCAGGACUUGGCUUGGUCUUGGAGAGGGUCCACUUUGACAGGUAUAACAAACGCUUCGGAGGCGACGGGCUCCAUGAGUGCCUCGAAUGGGACGGUGAAGAGGAAGCCAUCAAAGCCUUCAAAGAGGCUCAUAUUUAUCCAACCAUUGUGGAGACGGAGUGUCAGGAGGGCUCCAUGCGCAGCUGGAUGGCCACACUGCCCAUACAUGACUUCCACGGCACAGCGACUGGAAUGCAGAACAAUAAAGAGCAGAAAGAGGAAGAUGCAGAUAUUGCAAAUGACUCUGAUUAAGAAGACUCCUGCAUACUUUUAUUUUAUAAAAAAAAAAUUGAGGUUCCUCAUCUUGUAUUUCAGUUUGCUUAUUUUUAGUUCAGUUUUCUUAUUGAGGUGUUCUUAUUUCUAUCACACAGGUUACAUAGUUACUCUACACAAAUAGAAAAAUAAAAGCCCUUUUCAUUACUCCAA